UCUUUGUGGGAGAAGCUCCAGAGCUUGCCGUGUCAUUUCAACUGGUGUCUCGAGUUCAAGGACAAAGUGAACGUCGGCCACGUCCUGCAAACGUUGGCUCUCAAGGUGGAGCACGCGGCCUAUCAGAACCGCAGCGUUUACCUGGCCAUGAGGGCGUACCUGCAGCAAUUGGACGGCAGUAGCCCGGACGCACUGGGGAGCCUCCGUGAAGCAGAAACUGUGCUCCAGCAAGAGCAUCCAACCGACUUCUCCCGCCGGGUCUUGCUGAUCUAUGGGAACUACGCCUGGAUCUAUUACCACUUGUCCAAUUAUGAGAUGGUGGAGCUCUACCUGGGCCGAAUUCGCGAGAUCUGCCAGUUCCUGUCCAGCCCUGAGCCGUAUUCGGUGCAGAUGCCCGAGAUCCACGCACAGAAAGGCUGGUCCCUUCUGUCCUUGGGUUUCCAGAAUGGGGAAGAGGCCCAGAAAUGUUUCCAAGUGGCCCUCCAAGGAGACAAGUCCAGCCAGGAGUUCCAGGCAGGUCUGGCGAUCUCCGCCUUUGCUUCCUGGACUCGCUGUUUCGAUUUUCGGCUUCGGACUGAGGUGCAAAGUUUGAUGGAACCGCUUCUCUGCCGCCAGCCCCAGAACGAUGAACUCAAAGUGCAUUUGGCCAGUCUGCUAGAGCACAAGGACUGGCGGCGGUCAGAAGCCCUCGCAAAGGAGGUUGCUGAGAACAGCCACCACCCCGAACAUCUGAGAUUCGCCGCCAGGCUUUUGAAGAAAAACAACAUUUCCCGAGCCGUCGGCAUCUUGCGGGAAGCGAUCGGCCUGGCUCCCGGCUACCACCUCCUGCACUAUGAGCUCGGCGUCUGCUACAAGCAACAGUUGGAGGGAGCAGCUGGAGAAGUCAGGGAAGAGGUCCUGGCCGCUGCUAUCGAGAGCUUCAAGCGGGCGGUGGAGGCAGAUCCUCAGUCUAUAUUCUUCAGGCUGGAGUUGGCUCAGCUGUACUGCGAAAGGAACCCAACUUACGCGGAAGAGAUGUAUCGGAACUUGCUGGAGGAGCUGCCGAAGGCCAGCCAGAGGUGCCAGCAGGCCAUCUACCUGCACUGGGGGGACUUCCUCCUCCGUGGGAAGGGCUUGCGGCUGGAGGCGCUGGAGGCUUACAAGGCAGGCUGCGCAGUCCUUGGGGGCCACAAGAAGGAAUGGCAGCAGCUGACAGGCAGGCUGGGAAAGCUGGCCGAGGUGUUCGAGAAAGACUCUGAAAUGGAGUCGGCCGAGGCGGCUUUUGAGGUUCUUCGGCUCAGACCUCAGUUUCAGAAGGAAAUUGAACCUGGCUAUUGA